UUCAGGCUUAUUAUCUGCAACAGAUUUAUUUAGGCUUAAUUUACUAGUCUCAGCCUCUUCCGUUAAUUUGAAUUACGUCUGCAUGUGUAGGCCUACAUGAUGGCUCUGUGAGUCGAGUAUUUACCUAACUCUUUGUACCUACUUUGUUUUUAACACAUUAGAAAAUAAUGUGAAUCUUAGCUGCCUCUUUUUUAUUUGUUUGUAAUUUGUUUUAUAACAAUCGCAUAAAAAUACAGAGCAGACGUUGAAGGAGGGAGCGAACGGUUGGUCAGAAUCAAACGCAUGCGCUCAAAACGAACGGUUUUCUCUGCCGAAACCUUUAAAUGCUUCUGUUGAUUUAUUAUGUAACCCGUCCUUUCAGAAACAAUUUGGAUCAACGUUAUAUAUGAAUAUGCAUACUUUCCAUCAGAUUUUGGCGGAUAUGCAGAUACAUAUGGAUAUCUACAUUCAGUAAGAUCGAGCGAAAAGAAAACAACUCAAGACACGUGUGACGAAGAGCAAAAAGCCCAAAAGACACAGUUGAUGAAACCUCCCCCUGGUCGCAGCAACAGGAUAGAAAGAGUUCUUCAUAGACGUAUGGAGCAAAAGCAUUCCCAGAUGUCAAGGACGGUGGGGAACGCAUCCUUUGAGUUCUUCUGUGGUACAUUUGAUGAUUUGGGAAAAGAAAAUGAAGAACAUCAACAUAAGAAGAGUGAAAAGAACACUGUAAUAAUUAUUGGGGAGAACGAUGAGGAUUCGGACCCACUCAUUCCUGGAGAAAUUGUCCAAAGCAGACUGAAGCAAACCCAUGUUUUUGUGCCACGCCUCUCAGCUGUACCCCAAGAACGGCUGGCACAAGCUAAUCUGAAGCUGCGUUGCUUAGAAGAUGAAGGACUGUAUGUCCAGGAUAGACCUACGGUUCCAUGGUGGAUCAACAACAAAAUGUCCAACCGACUCAUUGAACAAGACAAGGGAGAGCGUUGGUUCGACCCGAGCGGCUGCCUGAACUCUCUGCCUGACCCAGUGCAGGGGGGCUGCUGCUUCCAGGCAGACCCCCCUGCAGCAGGUCCCUCUCCCGGCCUCAGUACCGGGUACAUCCAGCCUUCUACAAUAGCCUCAAACACAUCUAGUAAAUGUGAUGCGGCAAUGUGGCAGCUUGACCUUAGCCUAGCGGGGCUCAUAUUCACACAUCACCCCUUGUUCAGUAGAGAACAUGUGUUGGCACAAAACCUGUUAGAGCUCCAUGAACUCUACCACAAAAAACGCCAAAUGCCAGAUGCCACUACUGCCCUGCAGGGCAAGCUAAAGGGAUUAGAGAAAUUGGAAAGUGGUGAACGCGAUUGGUUCUUGGCAGGAAACCAGUUGGGAACGAAACAAGAGAUAAGAAGAGAUACAGAGAGACAACACAGAGAGAUAGAAACAGACUAUCUAUUGAAGAACAUAUGUAAUCGGUGGACCACCAUUAAAAAACACAGAGCAGAAAAUGCGUUCACGAGCACAACUGUCAGAUUACAGCUGCACAGACUCAAAGACAUGGGUGGGAACCAAUCCGCAACUCGGAGUGGAAAACCAGAGGAAUUAUUUGUGACUGCAGAUGAUGGGGUUUUCAAGCGGCGAUUUAGUGAUCACCUUGACCAGGAGGAAGAGGAUACCACAGAGCCUGGGGAGCGAUUGAAGAAUCAGGCCCAUCAGGCCAAUCCAGCCAUCUCGCGCAGUGAUCUGAUCCCUGUUCUCUCCAGAAGCAGAAGCAUCACCCCAUCACUGAGCUGCCCCCUAGGCGAGAGAACCAGGAGAUACGAGUUGCUGCGCCGCAAGAUAACAGUGAAAAUAUUCUACAAUGAGAAACUUGUAUCCUUCUCAUAUCCAGCGUCUUUAGACGGUGACUUCAGAGUCAACAUCCAGCAGAUCUUUCACAUACGGAUAAUGCACCACUCAGAGAAUAUAAUGCUGCAGAUUUGUGAAACUUCAGGACAAAAGAGCACUGAGGUGGCCAAAGUAUAUUUGCCAAUUCCAGAUAGAAACGUGCUGUCAAACUGCACUUCCCUCCUGGAAACUAUAGAGUUCAGCAACAAACCAGUUGUCCAGCCUCACUAUGAUGGGGUCGGGAGCAAUGUCACAUGUAUACUAAAUGACAAGCAACCAGGAUAUCUAUUGAGCAGAGGUAGGCUGACCUAUGGUCUCUCUUGGGCUGUAGAGGAAUCUCUCUUCUCCAUGGCACCCAAAGCAACUAAAACUAAUUUUACCAAUUCCCAGACUUGCCAAGUGUUGAAGAGCCAUACACAUGAAGAGUUACUAGGCCGGCUGAGAGACGUAAAGUAUGAUCCCAACCACCCAUCAAACACGGCAAUCCAAGGGCUGCUCAGGGAAGCUUGUGAGAGGAGAGAUGGAGCCAAGGGAUGCUUUCACAUGUACGCCUGCGAAGAGGAGUUUGACUUCACCACAGAGGAGGACUUCCAUAAGUCCCGGCGGUUUGAGCUCCUUAGGGCCAGGAAUUGUCGUAGGGCUCCGCCCGAAGCUAUCCCACUUCACGACAGCCAGAUCAAAGACUCCAUGCUUGCUUUAACAACACAUUUUAAGAAGGAGUACUCUGCAGUUCCACGUUAUUCACUAGUGGAGGAGGAAGAGGACCCAAUCACAAGUCACAUACUGCACAAUAUUCAACAAACCCAGAGGAUGCUCGAUUCAGCGAAGAGAAGAAUUGAUGACAUCAGGAAGAAGUACAAGCUCUCCGACAUUGUUAAUGAGCAUCAUGGGGCCGACUCACCAAAGAAGUCCAGCUGGGAUAUCUUCAGGGGGCUGCGUCCUCUAAACCCUAGAAGGACCACAAUGAGGAAGUUGGUUCCCAGCUCCCUGCUCGCAGACACACACCUUAAGGUCCGGGUGACUGUCAACAGCGCCAUGGGUCUGCCCGUCCGACAGAAAGAUCCCCUCAAGAGGAUUCGUACCAGAAAUGUAUUCUGGUGUGGCCUGCCUGCAAGUUCCAACAGGGCAACCUUCUCAGAGGAAGAAGUUAUUCCUGAGGUUGAUGUUCAGCCGUUCUUUGAGGUCAGGUUUCAGGGGAUCACAGGUAGGAGUUGUGUAAAACAGGGACCUAAUCCGCACUGGAAGGAAGACUUUACCUUUGACUUCAGGGCCAAAGGAGGGGACUACAGCCUAGAAGGGCUUUCAAGUGCAGAAAAUGACAUAGUCAUAAAUAUGUUUGAUAACAUUUCCUUCCAACGUGCUGAGACUAGUGUACUGAUAGGCUGCGGGGCGCAGGUCUUCUCUGGCAGGCAAUGGCUCGGCGCCGUCACCAUACCUUUCACAACGCUGCUGCAGCAGUCCACGGUGUGUGAGUCACUCCCCAUUGGCCAGUCUCCGCUUCUGCUUGGCUACACCUGGCCGGAGGAGGAUUAUAUCAACGACCAGGCGGUUCGGACAGAGGAGAGCUCCCUGGAAGUCUUCAUAAACCUGGACCCACCGGUCUCCAUAGCUACUGAGCUUUCAGCCAGAGAUGAGGACCAGAUUUCACAGUGGUUGUUUCCCAGCGACGAAGAUGAGGGGCUGCUGAGGCAGGCCUUCGAGUUUGAGCGCCAGUGCAGAGCCACCAGUGAAAAGAAACUAUGGGUAUCGACCACUGUCUUCAACUCUGACGCUAGACUGGUCCUGGCUACCCGGUUCUUUGGCCCACUUGCUCCUCCGAAGGAAAUACUGCAGGACACUUCACUCAACAGCAUGACUGCUUUAGAUAUCCUGGCAAUGUUUGUGUCCGUGAUUCCAACCGUGCCCUGCCUCUCUGGUGUUGGAAACAGCAGGGUCAUUUGGUUAUCCUCUGAGCAGUGCCUGGAGCUCGCAGUGGGCAACCAUAUGAGCCUGGCUGUUCUCCUGUGUAACCUCUUCCACUACCAGCAAGUGGAGGCGUGGCUGCUACUGGGAGAAUCUGUCCUUGAGAAAGAGACGUCGUAUAUUCUCACCAAAAACAACCAUACGUACUUGGUUUGGAACCCCAGGGAUGGAAAGCACUACGACAAAUGUGACACGCGUUGCCCUCUGCAGACGGUGAAAGGCCUUGUGAACGGCCAUAAUGUGUGGUUUAAUGUCCAACGCACAAAGCGAACCUCAGUCAUCAACUUUGACUUGUCAGACCCAGGCUCUUGGAAGGCCUUAUUCCUCAAUGGGUCUCAAGCUGCAACAUCUGGAUUGCCAAUUCAGGUGAAAUACCGGCCCGUUGAAAUGGAAUUGGUAUAUGCCCUCAGAAGGAGGGUGGAAGUGAAGCUGAGGAACAGCAUAAUGGAGUGGAGGCUCCCUCACAUCACUCGCUGGAACACCAAGUGCUCGGAAAUGCUCAGAGAAGCCCUGGAGCUCCUGGAGAGAGCCCGGUCCUCAGACUCCAUCCUGACGGAGACAGUCCAGGUUCUGGAGACCAUGACAGACUACAAGGUAACUGGAUUCCCACUUCAUCUGCCCUACCGGGACAUGAACUCAUUGGUGGACACAGUCUACAACACAGGGAUCCACAGCACAGAGAUCCCAGACACCUCAUUUGCCUUGGCCGUGUACAUCCGCCCCUACCCAAACCUCAUCCUUUCCACAUGGGUCUUCUUAGCUCGUCUGGCCAAACGCCAGUAGAGGGCCGGUUAUGUUGCAGCAGUGAACGACUGGGUAGAUGUUUGGGCCACCAGUGAACACAACUAAUGGGAAUGUUGAUCAGAUCCUCCGGAUGUUGGAUACAAAAACAUGGAUAAAUGUGUGCACAAAUUGUUAGCAUUCUCUACUUUUACAUUUAUAGUAUACAUGAAAUGCAUGAGACCUUAAUCAAAUGUCCGUUUUUAUUAAAAGUUGCAAGAUAGAAGUGGACAGCCAAAUAUUUUCAUAUUUUCUGUACAGAAAUUACUUGUUUUUUCCCAAUUACCCCCCAACCU